AUGUUCCCGUUCGCUCUCUCCAGCAUCGACACCAGCAUCGUUACGGCCUACAAAAGCGGCAUGGGCGAUUCCGCGCCCUCCCGCGCCGCGGCCAACCACCUAUGCGUCCUCGUGCAUGGGCUCUGGGGUAACCCCAAUCAUCUCUCCUAUCUCACAUCUUCGCUCCGUGAGGCUUACUCGGAGGACGAGCUGCACAUUCUUGUAGUUGCCCGCAAUGCUGGCUCUCAAACCUACGACGGUAUCGAGCUCGGAGGGGAGCGCAUUACUCAGGAGAUUGAGGAUGAGCUGGAGCGGCUGGCCCGCAACGGCCAGACUAUCCGCAAGAUCAGUAUCAUUGGGUACUCUCUCGGCGGCCUUAUCUCGAGAUACGCCAUCGGGCUGAUGUACUACAAGGGAUGGUUUGAUAAGAUUGAGCCUGUCAACUUCACCACCUUUGCCACGCCGCAUCUGGGCGUACGCACUCCUCUCCUUGGCGUCUGGAACCACCUGUGGAAUGUUCUCGGCGCCAGGAUGCUGUCCGCCUCUGGCCGGCAGCUGUUCACCAUUGAUUCCUUCCGCAACACCGGCCGCCCGCUGCUUGCCAAUUUGGCCGACCCCGAGAGUGUCUUCAUCAAGGGGCUCGCCAAGUUCAAGCACAAGUCCUUGUACUGCAACAUCGUCAACGACCGCUCUGUCGUCUACUACACCGCUGGAAUCUCUCGUAUCGAUCCUUUCACCGACCCGGACGCUGUGAAGAUCAAUUAUUUGAAGGGAUACGAGGAUGUGAUCCUCGAUCCCGACAACCCCGUGCAGCCCAAGCAAGAGCAGGAAGACGCUCUGCCGACUUUCUACAAGCGAUUGGCUGGCAAGAGUUGCUCCAUGCUCAGCAACCUACCCCUGAUGCUCUUUCUCAUCGUUUUCAUUCCAAUUGCCAUGGUGCUUUUCAUCAUCAACUCUGGUAUACAGUCGGUCAGAAGCAGCCGGCGCAUCCGGCUCCACGCCGAGGGGAAAUCUGGCAUAAACACCAGCGCCUACAGCAUUCCUUUGCUCGUGAAUGAGGUGCGCCGUGAAGCUGAGGAAAUCUUCGAAGGCAUCAAUCACAAUCAGGAGUACUUGCCGUCCGGUAGCGAGGAGAUCGCCACGCCAGCAAACUCCAAGCCCAACGCGCCCAAAGCCGUACGCAUCAAAUCAGACCCCGGCGAGAAGCUCGUACUGGAAGAGUCGGGCGAAGCCGAAGAUGAGGCUCCCCAUCACCCUGACAACAGGAAAUUGGAAUUCCCAACAUUGGCAUUGACACCAGCCCAGUUUGCCAUGAUACAGGCGUUGGAUGACGUGGGCUUCAGGAAAUAUCCGGUUUACAUUCACAAGCAUAGACACAGCCACGCUGCCAUCAUCGUGCGUAAGCUGAACAAACCCUCGUUCGACGAGGGCAAGCUGGUGGUCAAGCACUGGCUCAGCGAAUUCGAGGUUUGA